GGGCGCGGUUGCCGUGGCAGCGCCGGCUCCGGAGAGGGCUGCUGGCGCUGGGCCGGGACCGCUGGGCCUGAGGUGGCGACCGGAGAGCCCGCGGCCGGGCCGGAGGCAGCUCGGGACAGGCUUGAGCGGCGGGGCGCGCUGCCCGGCCGGCGGGGAUGCGGGACCGGCUGCCAGACCUGACGGCGUGUAGGAAAAAUGAUGAUGGAGACACAGUUGUUGUGGUUGAGAAAGAUCAUUUCAUGGAUGAUUUCUUCCAUCAGGUUGAGGAGAUUAGAAACAGUAUUGAUAAAAUAACUCGAUAUGUUGAAGAAGUAAAGAAAAACCACAGCAUCAUUCUUUCUGCACCAAACCCAGAAGGAAAAAUAAAAGAAGAGCUUGAAGAUCUGAACAAAGAAAUCAAGAAAACUGCGAAUAAAAUUCGAGCCAAGUUAAAGGCUAUUGAACAAAGUUUUGAUCAGGAUGAGAGUGGGAACUGGACUUCAGUGGAUCUUCGGAUACGAAGAACCCAGCAUUCGGUGCUGUCUCGGAAGUUUGUGGAAGCCAUGGCGGAGUACAAUGAGGCACAGACUCUGUUUCGGGAGCGGAGCAAGGGCCGCAUCCAGCGCCAGCUGGAGAUAACUGGGAGAACCACCACAGACGACGAGCUGGAAGAGAUGCUGGAGAGCGGGAAGCCAUCCAUCUUCACUUCCGACAUUAUAUCAGAUUCACAAAUUACUAGACAAGCUCUCAACGAAAUCGAGUCACGUCACAAGGACAUCAUGAAGCUGGAGACCAGCAUCCGAGAGUUGCAUGAGAUGUUCAUGGACAUGGCUAUGUUUGUGGAGACUCAGGGUGAAAUGAUCAACAACAUAGAAAGAAACGUUAUGAAUGCCACAGACUAUGUAGAACACGCUAAAGAAGAAACAAAAAAAGCUAUCAAAUAUCAGAGCAAGGCGAGAAGGAAAAAGUGGAUAAUUAUUGCUGUGUCAGUGGUUCUGGUUGCCGUAAUCGCUCUAAUUAUUGGCUUGUCAGUUGGCAAAUGAUGGUGUGGAUGACGUCAGUGUGCAUGCCUCUCUGCCAGGGUGGGAAAAAUGAUGUUCAUUAUUAUUUGUGUAAUUGUUUUGCUUGUGAUCCUUGGAAUUAUCCUAGCAACAACAUUGUCAUAGCAACCAUGUCCCAAGAGCCAUUUAUCCUUGAGACUCAGACCACAUCUGCAACCAAAUCAGCAUCCUGUCAUUUCGUGAAUGAAUCUCAGACGCUGUAACCCGGCAUCGAGUGCUGACCUUUUAAUGUAUGAGUUCACAGAAGAAGCACAACCGAACGUCUUGUUCGGUGAAAGCGCCGUAAGCACAGUGGGUGUGAUGCAUGACCCUGAAUGACACACUACAGAAUGUGAGCAGUGUGAGACUUCUCUCACUGGCCUUGAAAUAAGAAAAUAUUGAACAGUUUAAUAUUAAAAAUAUUUCAGUGUUACAAAUGUGCAUGAAGUUUAAUUAGGAAGGAAUGCUUUAUGUUAUGAAGCUCUUUUUUUUUUUUUUUUUUUUUUUUUGAGAUGGAGUCUCACUUUGUCAUCCAGGCUAGAGUGCAGUGGUGCGAUCUCGGCUCACUGCAACCUCAGCCUCCCGAGUUCAAGCAAUUCUCCUGCCUCAGCCUCCCGAGUAGCUGGGAUUACAGGCGUGUGCCACCACACCCAGCUAAUUUUUUGUGUGUUUUUUUUUUUUUUAGUAGAGACAGGGUUUUACCAUGCUGGGGCCAGGCUGGUCUCGAACUCCUGACCUCGUGAUCCACCCACCUCAGCCUCCCAAAGUGCUGGGAUUACAGGCGUGAGCCACCGGGCAGGCCGUUCUGAAGCUUUUAGAUCUCAGGUCUAAGGCUUCCUUUCCCUCCCUCUCCCAGCUAGUAUGUGCUAAUUAAGAGAACUUUUAUACUGUUAUGUUUAUUGCCUGUUUGAAGAAAUAAUUUUUAUCACAUGUUUUUGUAAGAUAUCUGUAAUUUUAAAUGUUUAUAAAUUGUUUAAUAUAUUAGCAUCUUAAUUUACCCCAUUUUUAUAUACUGAAUGUGGCCUUCUGAGUGAAACAGGAAGCUUCAUGGUGUUGGAGCCACCUUUGUACAAUUGUUUACAAAGUUUCCCAUUGUCACAGAAAACAUUGGGUGCAAAGCCCCUCAAAGCCCUCAAGUGCCUUCUGUGAGUUUAAACGUGCUGGUGCCCUCCAGAAAAGCCUCGGCCUCAGCUCCAUUUCCGCCUGUUCCCUCCCCCGGGAUAAUGAAUGGUUACUGCACUUAAAGACCGUGGUCUCUUUUCACUAAAUAGGAAAUUCGAUUUUCCCAGUUUACAUGAAUAAAGUCUGAAUUUAAGGCGGUGAUGAAACUGAGGUUCAGUACUCUCGGGACUCGAGGAAAUUAUUCCUGAGACAUGGAGUAAUUCUUACAAAUUUAAACUAUUGUACAGAUCACAUACAUAUUGUUAAGUACCUAAUGUUUUGCUGAACUUUAAAAGUUAAUUUCCAAAUUGUAUAGGGAUUCAUGAUCAUUAAACCUUUUUAUUGUUCAUUUUUUUAGUAGAAGAAUAUGACUUAUUUUUAGAAUUGUAAAAUGUAUGAACUGGUGAGUGGACAUCUGUUAAGAGAGUCACUAGUCAGAAUGUUAAAGGGGUGCAUGAAGGAUGCCUCAAAUAUCGUAAACUCCUGUUACUCCUGCAUGUGGUGGUGUAAGCAUGUGACUUUUAACGCCGUUUGGUUUGAAACUAAUGUAGAGAUGCCUGAUUCCAAACAGGUGUGGAGAAUAUUGAACGGCUCAGAAGCCGCGUCCCUUACUUAACACAAUUCUGAAUCUCCCUCAUCCAUGACGCGUCCAUUGGAUCACUCGCUGGUGGUCACUGUGUGGCAGAGUUACUAGGGGAAUUCUGCCUCUGUUUUUUUUCUUUUGGUCUUUAAAUACCCUGUCGUGGGACGUGCUCACUGAUUUGUGGCUAUGUUGAAGGUAUCACUUGUCUUGAGGGUUUUCAGUAUUUCAGGAUCAUGCUGGUGGCAACAGGACCCCACGCCUCUGUGGAAUCAUGUCCUUGGGGGGACCUGCCUCCCGUGAUGUCCCACCUUUCCUUCAACAUCCGUCAUAUGAGUCCUCCCCUUUUACAACACUUACUAUGGUAUUUUUCAAGUUGUUCUUCUUAGAUUUGCAGUACCCACUGAAAUUUGGGUUUUUAUAGUUGAAGUUAAGAAAAUGCUAUUUGAUUUGUAUUUAGCUAUUUAAGUCACUUGUCCAAUGACGUGUAUGUCUAAGCCUCAUGUACCGAUUUGAAGUCAGACUUAAAAAUGUAUUUACAGAUUCACUUGUGGCUUUUUAAUCGGUUCUUCAAAUAUUUCAUGUUUACAUUAAGAAUUUCCAGAGAAGCAUAAAAGUAUUCACUUCCUGCCUUGUCAUUUCUGGAAAGAUUUUGGGGAGAUAUUUUAUUGCAUAUUCAUUAAUAAAUUGUUCUACUAGGAAAA